UGCACCAUAACGUUGGAUGCCAACUGCGGAUAAACUCCACCGAAGAAGAAUCCACAGACAGCUUCUCAGAUCUUGGACAAGUCAGGGGACGUACGUAGAAUACGUUUGUCAGCUGUCAGUGCACUUUACAGCCUGGUUUCCAUACAAAGGUGACGUCAUCAUUUCUGCUGUUGGCAGAAUAGUAGUUUAAACAGAACACUCACAGACAACACAGCAGCAGACAGUUGUAGUUCCAUCAUGGCGGAGGAUAUGUUUUCCCUCAUGAGUCUCGAAGACGAACUGAGCUGUAGCAUCUGCCUCUGUGCUUUCGACUGUCCGGUGACAAUUCCAUGUGGACACAACUUUUGCCAAGAGUGUCUCCUAGAAACAUGGAAAGACAACUACAGCUGUCCACAAUGCCGGACCCACUUCACCACCAAACCAGAGCUGAAGAAGAACACAGUUCUCAGCACUGUUGUGGAAACGUUCAAAAUGAAGUCGAAAAAAAGCGACCUCCCCAGUGAGGUGGGCGACUUAAUCAUGUGGGAUGCAGUCAAGAUGGUGUCCAAAGAGGUGGCUAUCUUGUGCGACACCUGUAUGGAAGCCAAAGCAUUCAAGACCUGCCUCACCUGUAUGGCGUCGUUCUGCCUUGAGCACGUGAGGCCUCAUCAUGAGAACCCAGUGUUUGGCGCGCAUCAGCUGAACGAGCCUCUGGGCGACCUGCGCGACCGUAUCUGCACCGACCACCACAAGCUGAUGGAGUUCUACUGUGUCCAACAUGGCCGCUGUAUCUGUGGUGUCUGUCUGCAGCAGGUGCAUAAAGGCUGUACCUUCUCCAGCCCUGAUGAACAACGGGCACUGCAAGAGUCUGAUUUGAGGGGCAAGUUGAGUCUGCUGGAUGGAAAGAUUGACAAGAACCAGACUGUCAUCUCUCAGAUGAAUGACCAGCAGAGCAAGUUGAAGGACUCUGCAGCCAGCAGGAAGAGAGCUCUGGAGGACGAGUACCGCCAAAUCCGGGAGCUGCUGGACCGUGACGAGCGUGAGGCUCUGAACACCGUGGACCGCGAGCAGGAGAGCGCUCAGACCAAACUCCAGAACCUCAUAAAGAAGUUCAACCAGAACAUUGCGAAGCUUAGUGCGGCAAAAGAUGGCGUCGACAGCCUGCUCAGUCAGACUCAGACUGUGGCUUUCCUACAGGCCUCAGUUGACAUGCCGGCAGCGGUGGCCUUUGACCCCCAUACCCCGAAGGUCAACCUGGACUCUAGGGCCGUGGCAGCCUGGCUUGCCUACUCUGCAGUCCUGAGGGAGCAUCUCACACAUGUACUGAAACAGCCUGUAGAGGCCAGACUGCAGAUACUCAAACCAGCUGAGAGGUUUGCUCCUCCUCUGCUGCCAAACUUCUAUGAAAUGGGAGGCAUGCCACCACAAGGUCACCCGAGAAUGCCUCGAUCCCACAGCCCAGGAGCUCCCCUCAGGGCAAACCAGAGGAAGAAGCCUCCACAAGAUUCAAACCGAGAGAGAAAGUCAGACAAGAAACGAGAUCACAAGGAAGGGAAAGAACAUAAGGCUGACAAAAAUCCCCAAAAGCCACCUAAUGCUCCCAGAGAGUUCGCCACUCCUGUUCCACACACACCAAGGGACCACCCCAGAGGACAAUCGGCAGAACCCAGACCCAGGAACAGGGAGGACCCAGGACAACCAAGUGUUCUCCCAAGUAUCACGUCUGCAGCAAAACGAAAUGACCUUCUGCAAUAUGGCACGGUUCUCACCUUUGACCUCAAAACAGCCCACAAGCGCAUCUGCCUCACAGAGAACAUGACCGUGGCCUCUGUGUCAGACGAGCCCACCCCUUACCCCGAUGGCCCCGCCCGUUUCUCCGUCUGCAGCCAGGUGCUCACUUCCAAGGGCUUCUCCCGCGGCCGCCACUACUGGGAGGUCAAGAUGAGCAGCAACAACUUCACCGGCAUCGGCCUGGCCUACAACAGCAUCGACCGGAAGGGUCCGGCUAGCCGGCUGGGGCGUAACGCCCAGUCCUGGUGCGUGGAGUGGUUCAACGUCAAGCUGUCGGCCUGGCACGCCAGCAGUGAGACUGUACUGCAGAACCCGAAUCCGACCCGCGUCGGCGUGCUGCUGGAUUGCGAGGAGGGAACGGCCACUUUCUAUAACGUACAGGACCGGGCAUACCCGUUCCAUACGUUUGUGUUCCAGUUCGCCGAGGCAGUGUACCCGGCGUUCUGGCUCUUCUCCAGCGGCUCGUCUGUUAGCCUGUGCAAGCUGCAGUCUUGAGAAGUUAACACACAGACACACAUUCUUCUCCCUCGCAAAUAAUUAGAAUAUACAGCAUCUGGGUCAAUAAAUGACUUAAUCAUACUGAUAUUGGGAACUUGUAUCUUAAAGGUUAUUAUUUGGUUGUGGUCACUGACUAUAGUCAUAAUGCAGUGUAGGUCAUAUCAUUUUGGACUUUGGUCUCUUGUAACUGCAGCAACCUCUAAACAGGCAGCAUUUGUUAAUCAGUAACUAAUGAAAACUAAGCACUUGCUUACGGGUAAAGGAACAUUACAAAUUAUUAUACAAUAUUAUUGUAUUGUCAAAAGCAUGAUUGACAUCCUUACUACCUUUUUGUUUUACUACUGUUGUGAUGUCAGCAGCAUGCCGUGAAAGGAAUUUAAGCCGAUUUAUUCCUUAAUGGUUCAUCAGACAUAGCGAGUUACAUUGGCUGGAUAGAAGGAAUCAGCUGACAUUGUGACCAUUCAUGUCUGAUUCGCAAGGGGUUACGUGACGUGCUAUAGGCAAACACGACUUACAAACAGAACUACUAAGUGGUAUUUGAACCAGGCGAAUGAGUUCUUUCUCCGGCUCUGCAGUCCUGGCUAAAUGUCUUGAUCAUCCAGUUUAUUUACAGAUACAUUUAAGUGGUCUGUGGGUUUACAGCCUGUUUUAUCAGAGCUUAUGAUCUCUUGGUGUGGGUCUUGGCAGUACACAGUAAUCACAUGUAAUAUACACAAAACGACUUGAAUAAACAUGUAUGUUAUCUGCUAUAUGUGAACGGUACCACAACGUUCAGAAGGCCAUGUACUGGCACACCUACGCAAGAGUGUGGAUGGCUUUUGCUGGUUGUCAGGCAUCCCGCAUUAGGGAAUGUCAUGUCCAAUAACACCACUGGAUAUAGAGAAUCAAUGAAUCGAACAGAAAAGCAUCCACAUUAUUCUUGAUACCCUCAAAGGAAAAGUGGGUAUCGUUCACUUUUUUUCUUGAUCUAAUACAUUUCGCUACGGUGUUUCACAUAGAGCCUGGAAGUGAAGGGGUUUCCGCAUGGUGCAGUGUGAGGAUGUGCUGAAAGCGCUUCCUGACACUGCUACUACAGGCUUGAUAGAACCUAGCCUGGUUGCCAGAUCUGCAUUUGUUUUAGAAUUACAGUGAACAGGGCAGAGGAGUUGGUUGAUCUGGCAACCAGCCUAGAUAGACCCAGCCUGGCCCAUAAGAACAAGCAGAGGUCAUUUGGACCCUGUGAACAGGAGUUGUUCCAACUCUGUGGGUUUUGUAAAUAGUGAUGAUUUUUUGGCUGGGGGUUUUCCUGUCUAUGUGACCAGACAAAAGAAAAACUCUGGGCCCAAGUUAUAGCUAAUUUAGCUAUAGCCCAUAGCUAGGGCCUUCUCAUGUCCUAGAAGGGUACGUAUCUGUAGCACAGUGAUGGUCUGUUAGUGUUAGUUUGGACAUCUGUGGGUGUCACAUUGUCUGUAACGUGGGCACAUGCUUUUCAUAAUUCAUGCCUCUGAUAUUGUGGAUUGGAACUUUUCCAUUUAUGGACAUACUGCCAUUGCUACGAUCGGAGAGCAAGUUGAGAAUAGCAUGUGAUGGAUUAGUUUUGCUUUGCAAAGCCCUGUGCCAAAUGAAUAGUUGGUGUCAUUACCUUCUCCCGCUAUAGAAACACUAGUUUUCCUGAUUUAAGGGAUUUCGACUGUUAGUGGAAUGAAGGCAAGCUGAUAUUUAAGGAAAAGAUUAAUUCAUUUGCUGGAUUUAAGCCAUUAUUGCCACUGGCUUUAUAAGAGAUCCCCAAAGGUUUGGACAAAGUCUGAACGACUCGCGUACACAACACCAGAUAGAGCAAAAAUCUGAGGGCCAUUGUCAUGGUCCUUGUGUGUCAGCACGUUAUCCUCUCUGUCCAUUCCUUCCAUCUUAUAAGCUCGGUUCUUAAUUAAUGUGCUGAUGGUGUACUUCGUGUUGGUUUGGUUUACCGACUUUGUUUGAUCGAGUCUCGUUUCACUGAAAAGUAUAUUUGAAAUGGUUGGUCGUGUUUUAAAGGGUAAGGUAUUGAUUCUGUUUGUGUAUAAGGGGUUUAAUCUGGUUAAAGACAACUUGAUAAUGUCCCCUCGUGAUUUACUAUUAUAAGCUAUUUUGUGCUAAUGUAUUCCUCCAAAAAUGUAUCACAUACAAAUACAUAUAGUUACUAAUGAGUGGUGGUUGUGGCUUAUUUGUUCCACAUAUCUAGACACAUAUAUACUGCAUUUGGGGAUUACAUUACUUCAAACUGCUCAGUAGACUUACCGCAAGUGCAUGGGAAGAAAAACCACUAUUGCUUUUCAUAUUAUAUACAUGUAAAACAAUGACAUUCAUCAUAUAUAUGAAAAUAUUUAUUGUUGGUGUUUCCAAAUCCUAAUUUACAUUGCUUAUUACAUGAUCCGUUUCAACAUCUGUAGUAGCAAAUUCAGUAAAGCCGAUUUUAUUUUCAUCUUUAUGUCUCUUAAAUGUUCCUCUGUUUUUUUAAUUGCUUUAAAGUGAUUCAUUGUUUGCUUACAAUAAAAGUAAUUGAUCCAUC